AUGACGGACCUCCCAUGCCCGCCUCGCCCCAUCGGUUCUGUGAGGCCCGACGCGGCGGCUCGUUUUGAUGUCAUCGGCACUAUAGGUUACAUCGAACUGUUGAUAUUUCAACGCGCGUCGCUCAACGUCACGCGCCCUGUACAGGCAUUGUUCAGCCUGCACUGGCUAUUGAUUCAGCACAAAGAGGGCGGUCAACCGCCGCAAAUGAUGGCACGCGGGCGUAGUAAAAGGCCCCUAACC